AUGAAGGAAGGCUAAAAUAUUAAAGUAGUUGCUAGAUUAAGACCACUUAAUGCUCUUGAAAUGUAAUAAGGAGGUGAAUGCUGUGUUACUUAUAAUGAUAAAUAGAUUACUGUCACAGUAUUAGAUUUUAAGUCUAUCAAUUAUUUUAGGUUGGCUCCAAUGACAAAUAAGAUUUUGCAUUUGAUCGUAUAUUUGGACCUGAUUCAGAAUAAGCAGAUGUAUUUGAAGAAGUAGGUAGACCCAUUUUAGAUAGUGUGAUGAAUGGUUAUAAUGGAACUAUUUUUGCAUAUGGCUAAACUUCAUCAGGAAAAACAUUUACAAUGGAAGUACUAUAGAGAAUGAAUUAUCUAGGGUCCAGAUAAUCCAAAUGAAAGGACUAAAGGAUUAAUACCAAGAGUCAUGACUGAAUUAUUUGAUGUUGUACAUAGUAAAUCAGAUGAUUUAAUAUAUAUUGUAAAGGUUUCAUUCUUGGAGAUUUAUAAUGAGAAAAUUAUGGAUUUAUUAGAUACUAAUAAAACAAACUUAAAAAUAAAAGAAGAUAGACUUAGAGGCAUUUUUGUAUAGAAUCUUACAGAGAUUAAAGUUGAAUCUCCAGAAGAAAUGAAAUAAGUCAUGUUGACUGGGUCAAAUAAUAGAACAAUAGCAGCAACUAGAAUGAAUGAAAGAUCAUCUAGAUCUCAUUCUUUAUUCUAAAUUUAAGUGAGUGAAAAAAAUAUCAAAACAGAUUCCAGUAAAUUAAGCAAAUUAUAUUUUGUGGAUUUGGCAGGUUCAGAAAAAGUAGCUAAAACUAAUGUUUCUGGUUAAUAAUUAGAAGAAGCCAAAAACAUUAAUAAAUCAUUAACUUGUUUAGGUAUGGUUAUUAAUGCUUUAACUUCUGAUAAAAAAGAACAUAUCCCUUAUAGAGACUCUAAAUUAACAAGAAUAUUAAGUGAAUCACUUGGAGGAAAUGCAAAAACUACAUUAGUUGUUGCUUGUUCAAUGUGUUCAUACAAUGAUAAAGAAACAUUAAGUACAUUAAGAUUUGGAGCAAGAGCCAAAGCUAUAAAAAAUAAACCUACUAUUAAUGCAGAGAAAAGUGCUAAAGAAUUAUAAGCCUUAUUAGAUAUUGCUGAAUAAAAGAUCAUAGAAUAGGAUGAAAUAAUUAAUAAAUUAAUGGAAAAAGUAGAGAACAGUACUUAUGUCACAUAAGAAAAAGGAAAUUCAAAUUAAGGAUCUUAAUAAAAUAUUGCAUAAUCCAAAUAACAUUCAUCUCUAUAAUUAUUAAAAGAACACAAAUUAGUUGUUAAUUUAUAAGAAGAAUUAGAAUUUUAAAAAACAGAAAUGGCUGCACUUUAAAUAAAUUAUUAAAGUAGGAUUGAUGAAUUAUAAGAUAAAAUUUUAAAAUAAAAGUUUAAUGAAGAACAUUUAAAAUAAUAAUUAUCUGAAUGUUUAAAAAAUAAUUAAAAAUUCAUAUUUGAAAAUGAAUAACUAAAAACUCAAAUAUUAGAAAAUGAAUAAAAAUUAUUUGAUUUUCGUAGAGCACUCUCUUCAACCAAAUAAGAUUUGGAUUUUUUCCUUGCUAAUUUAAAUCUCAAAAAUUAAUACAAUUAUUGUCCUUCAGAUUCAGAAUCAACAAAGGAUAUUUUCAUGACUGAAUAAUAUGAUAAAGAAAUUGAAGAAAGAACCUUUUAAAGUAUAAUUAAUUUUUCAGAAACUCUAACAAAAUUAGAUUCAAUACUUAUAAAAGAUCUUAAUUAGGAUUAAGUAAUUCCAUAAUUAGUAAAUUCUGAAAAUAAGAAAAAAAAUGUAUCAUUUUAAAUAGAUUCUUAACCUCCCUCACCUAAAUCUCAUAAAUUAUUAGAUAUAGAUAAUUUCUCUUUUUAAACAGAUGAAGAUGAUUUAAACAUUAAAUUUGAUGAAAACGAAUAAACUUUGAUUAAGUCUACCUAAGAAAAUGAAGAGAUCUCAGAUGUUGAAAAAUUAUUAGCCAUGUUAGGUGAUAAAAUGGAAGAUCCACAUGUACUUUAUCAAAUACAGGAGGUAAUGUCAAAAUUAAGGAGGCAACUUUAAAUUGAAUAAGAUAAGGUUUAAGAAAUAUAUUAAAUAAUGGUUACACUUAAAGAUUAAUUUUCUAUGUAUCAAAUUAAAGAAAGAGAAAAGAUGUAAAAAUUGAAAUUAUCAUAUACUUAAAAAAAAAAUGAAAUGACUUAAAUGAAACAGAAUCUUGAAAAAUAAUUAGUAAAUUUUUGAUAUUAAAAAUUAUAGGGAGAUUUAACAAGUGAAUUUCAGAAAUAUAAGUAUGAUUCAGAAAAAUAAUAAUAAUUUCUAACUUAAAUUAAUUAGUAACUAAUGUUUACUAUUGAGACUCAAAAAUCUUAGUAUUAUAUUAUUCUUAUUUUUUAUAUUGUAACAAUAGGAAAGUUCUGCCUUUAAUCCUCUCUCCAGAGAAUAUCAACUAGAAUGUACUGUCAAAUAGUUGAUGCAUGAAAGGAAUGAAAUGCACAAUUCAUUAUUAUAAACAAGAUAAUAAUUGGAAAAUGCUAUAAAAUAAAAAAAUUCCUAGGCUGAAGAAAUAAUUAAACUAUAAAAGAAAAUCGAUACAAUAGAAUUGUAAUUGUAACAUAAGAAGCUCUAGGAAUAAGAUUUCUUUCGACAGUAAUUCAAAAGGAGAUUCAGUAGAGAUUCAAAAAAAACCACCUCAGAGACUUAAGGAUGGAGUUUCGACUAAAUUAUUAAAGAUGAUCAUGCAAGGAACAUUGCAAGAUUAGAAACAAUUUUAGGAUAUUCUGGUUUAGAAAUAAGCUAAACAGGAGCCUGUGUAGGAAAAGCAAAUCUAAUAAUAGAUGAGUUUUAGGUAAAGAUUCAUAAUAUAUUAUAGAAAAUAUAUAACAUAAGCAGUUAGUAGUAAAGAAAUGAAUAGGAGUUUGAUGAUCUCAGUCCAGUCAUUGGUACACGCACCAUAAUUUCAAAAGAAAUUGGAGAAUGCAAAGGAUAAAAUACAGAGAUAUUCUAAUAAUAACAUGAAUAGAUAAGCGUAGCAUUAGAUGUAAUAAUUUAAAUUGAUGUAAGGAAUUUCACGAAUAACUUGUCGAUGACAUUGGAACGACCCCCUUUAGAAGAAUUAUAAGAAAGUUACUCUCCUGAUUGA